AUGAGUGCAGUAGAGAUGAGAAUGCCUAGACGCAUGAGUGUAAUGGCGAGAGAAGGUAUAAUAAGGAAUGAGUAUAUAAGAUGUAGCUUAGACGUUGCUUCGUUAGUAGAUAAAAUGAGAGAAAUUAGACAGAGAUGGUUUGCGCAUGCUCACGGGGAGAAAAUAAUGAAGAAUGGAAAGAGGUGGUUGGAUGUGAUUGAAAAUGAUUUGAGGACAGCAGGUGUAUGUGAGGUGUUAGAUCGGGCCAAGUGGAAGUUUAGAACGAAGGUGAUAGAUCUCAAAUAA